AUGGGGGUCAAGAUUCUCCGUGUGAACAAAAUGCAAGCCAAAUGGAAAUCCAAGCUUGGAAAGAUCUUGCAGUCGUCUGGGUAUUUGAAUAACCCACACAACAAGAAAUCCUUUGACCGUGCCGGUACAACAUGGGCGAACAAGGUGGAGCUCUGGUCUGAGAAGUACAAUAUGUUUAUUUUGCCGUUUGUCACCACCUUGAGAGAAGGGUUGGAGGCAAUUGCGUUGAUUGGUGGGAUCGGUAUCAAUGAGAACACCACGGCGAUUGCGUUGGUGAACUCAGCUGUGUUGGCUGUGGUGAUUGGUUCGUUGAUCGGGGUCGCAUUGUACAAGUAUGGGAACACCAUGUCGUUAAAGGUGUUCUUAAUCACAUCCACUUGUUUCUUGUACCUCGUGGCUGCUGGGUUGUUUUCCAAGGGUGUGUGGAACUUUGAGUUACAGAGGUUCAUCGACCAAUGUGGAGGCAUGGAUGUGAGUGAAACUGGCCAUGGACCUGGUUCGUAUGAUAUAGCCGUUUCCGUGUGGCACGUCAACUGUUGUAAUGGUGAGUUGCAAGACGACGGAGUGUUCUGGAUGUUGUUCACGGCCAUUCUUGGAUGGACCAAUUCUGCCACCAUUGGAAGUGUUGUCAGUUACAAUGUAUACUGGGUGGUGGUAAUAGCUGUGUUCUGGGCGUUGAUACACGAGGAGAAACACGGCUUCUUACCGGUCAUCCCAAUAUCAUGGCAGUUGAAGAGAAUAGAAAAGAGAAAGAACUUGUACCAGCCAUUAGAUGCUCCAGAGAUCGGUGUUUUGGAGGAGGUGAGAGAUAGCAUGGACUCGUUGAAUUCACAGACUCCACUCCAACAGAGCUAG